GAAGCAGGGAGAGGCUCCCCCAUCCUUGCUGAGCCCCUCUGCCAGCCGAGCCGCCCCACUUGGCUGCCCCUUCAAGGGACCCUCAGUGGGAGAGGCUCAUUUGCAGACAGCGCCAGCAUCGCAGCACAGCUGAACUGCCGCUUGGAGCCGCAGUGCCAGCAAGUCGGCCCAUCGAGGGAAAGUCGGAUCCGGCCUGAAGGGAGGAGGAGGAGGAGGAGGAGGAGGGCAGCAAACGGAGAACACCUGCCCUGCGAGAUGCUGCAGGGUCUGCUGCCGCCCCUCCUCCUGGCUGCCUGGGUGGCAGCCGCGCCUCUCCCCGAGCAGUGCACCUCCGAGAUGAACAACAUCGAGGACCUGCUGCAGGUGAGCUGUGUGGAAAAGGGGCUGACCAACAUCCCCGGCGGGCUGCCGGAGGACACAGGCAUCCUGCUCCUCGCCUCCAACCAGCUGGCCAAGGUUGCCCUGGCCUCCUUCCAGCACCUGCCUCUGCUGUGGAAGCUGGACCUCUCCAACAACAGCCUGAAAGUCCUAGAGACCGGCGCCACCCUGCCCAAACUCGAGAAGCUGCUUCUGUCCCAUAACAGCCUGGAGAGCCUGCCCGCUUUCCUGGGGCUGCCCAACCUGAAAUGCUUGGCAUUGGGGCACAACCGGCUCUCCCAGCUGCCUGAGGGGGCCUUCCGUGGCCUGGGGCAGCUGCAGGACCUGGAAUUGCAGGGCAACCAGCUGCAGAGCCUGCCUGUCGGAGUCUUCCACGGCCUGCAGGUGUUGGGGGAUCUGGACCUGUCGGACAACCGCCUGGAAGCCCUGCCCCCGCAGCUGCUGGACAAGCUGGAGAAGCUGGCGAUUCUGGGGUUGGAGAGGAACCGGCUGGAGCGUGUGCCACAGAACUUCUUCCCGGACAACGAGUAUGCCUACGUCCACCUGGUGGAGAACCCCUGGCUGUGCGACUGCCGGCUGGACUACCUGCGCGAGUGGAUCAAGGAUAACGAGCUCUUCGUGUACACUCGCAUGAACGUGCAGGAGGAGGGCAUGGACAAGGAGGUGAUGGAGAACGAGCCCGAGAAAGUCCUCUGCCACGGACCCCCCCAGGUGAAGGGCCAGGCCGUCAUGAAUUUCACAACCGUCUGCAGGAAACUCGGAGACGAGGACCCGGAGGUGGAAGUCGAGGGAGGCCCUGCGGAGGAUAGCUGGAGUCCCUCUCUGACCCCUCCCCCUUCGACGCCCACUGCCUCCAGGCGCUCCUCGCCCAGCCCAAGCACAGCCGUCAGCCCAAGUGGGGCCGCUCUCACAACCACAAGCGGCACUUCAGCGCUUAGUUCUAUGACAACACACUGCCCUACCACCAGCAGCCCUGGUCCCACCACUGCUCUCCGUCCCCUCACCACAACCGCAGCCUUUGCCGCUUUCGGCCUUUCCACCAGUGCUGCCACUGCAGGGAAGUCAAGGGCAACUUCUAAUGGCCCCAUGAUGACCCCAGGACCCUCAACCGCCCACACCCCAACCUCUGGUGUCCCUACCACAAUGGCAACCUCCUCCAACCCGCUUGCUCUCAGCCCCACUGCCUCAAUGCUCACCACCCCGCUUCCCUCGAGUGCCCCUCCACCAACAACCACAGCAGCCGGGCAUCCUCCGAGCACUGCAGCCCUGGUCCCUCCCACCCCCACCCCCACCCAUGUCCAAAGCUCAGCCAGGAUUUCUGCUCCCCUUUCCACCCGCGGGUUUUCUGCCCCCAAGGCCUCUGCCCACUGUCUCUGCCCCAUCCUGCCUGUCAGGGUUCUCGGAGUGGCUGCUCAUCAGGGGUCCAAGGCAGAGUGGCUGGCUGGCUCCUGCUGCCUACUGCGCCUGGUGCUCUACCUUGCCUGCUUGGCGUUGGUGGCCCUGCCGACCCUGGCCCUGCUCUGCUGGCUGGGCUGGCUCUCUCUCGGUUGGGACCGCCCGGCUGUGCGAGGAGCUCCAGGGUCCUAUCUGGCCCGGACCCAGCAGUGGCAGGAAGCCUCCCCCAAAGGAUGGCAGCUGAAGUUGGCCGAAGCCCCCCCACGUCGCACCUCCGGGCCUCGGAUCUACCGCGUCUGCAAGACGUUCCAGGUGGGCCCUUCCCGCCACGUCACCUGGCUGCUGGUCAGCCUGCCUGGCUCUGCCGGAAAAUGGGCCCGGAUGCAGGCCAGGCUGUCCUCCUACAGCUUGGACAGAGGGAAGGACACGCUGGGGGCCGUGAGGGUGAAAUACGCCGCGGCCUCUUUGUAAGGGCCCUUCGACCCAGAAGGUCAGAAGCCCCGGUGCCCCUUAAAGGGGGCAGCUUGACCAGGCUGCUUGCACCCCAUGGGGAUUCCAUCCAACAAGGGGAGGUAGGGGCUUCCUCUUCCUGGUGAUGGAUCCAGUCAGCUGCCCUGAGUGACGGUUCUGCCCCCACCAAGGUCCCAGACCUCCCAGUGGUUAGGAGGAGGACUGUGUUUUUCUGCCCUCUUGCUUUGGGCAACCCCAGAGGGGUCAUCGUUGCCAGUGCACACACCAGGGAGGAGGUGGGGGUGCACAGGGGUCCCUCUGGAGCUGGGGACUCUGCCGGCCUCAUCCUUAGAAGCCCUUUGGCCUCUGCAGACAUUCAGGGGCUGCUGAGGAGUUGGGGAGGGUCCAUUUUUCCAGCCUCUCCCUGAAGGCCUGGUCAGGGGGGUGGGGGCAAAGUCCCUGCCCCAACUCUGGCAAGGCCACAGUGGUUGUGAGAUCCGGUGAUUGGGGAAGACCCUGUACCCUGGCUGGGACUAGGCCCCUCCCCAGACCCCCUCCCAGCUGAUGGCUCAGAAGCAUCCAAAACCUUCGCUGCCCCUAGCAACCCAAGAGGUUCCCCCCCAGAGAAAAGGGGGUCCAGAGCCUGGUGUGUGUGUGUGUGUGUGUGUGUGUGGUGUUUUUGCAACAUUCCCUUGUCUUCUCCCAAUGCCCUGGGGUGAAGCUGCCCUGCUAUGGCUGCCCACAAGACCCACAUCCUUUUCCCGUGGCCUCCCUUCCCCACGCCACCUGACCCCCUCCCUGCUGCCUCGCCCUGAGAGGCCUGGGCAGGAGACCCCAAAGACGCGGGCACCAACCCCACCUAGAAGUGGAGUCAUCAACUUUGCUGCCACCAGAGGGCGCUAGCCAUCAGCCAAGCACCUCCAAGGAGGGAAACCCCUAAACCAACAGGCCUUUAGGGGGCUCCUAUUGUUUGGGGGGGCGGAUUCUUGCAUGGGGUGCACAGGAGCCUUCCAAAGGAGCUCAGUGGAUACUUCCAGGCCUGCACACUGGGCCUCCUGGAACAGCCAGGGGCCUGUGGAAGCCCCCCCCCCCCUUCAGCCUGGGACCGAGUGCCAUACAGGGGCCCAGGGCUCCCCCAAAGAAGUGGGGGUGGGGAGCAGGAUGCCACCCCCUUUGGGCAGCACAAGGGCACAGCUGGGCAAGGGUGCGGGCAGGAGGGCCUGGGUAGGGAGGGGAGGGGGCAACGGGCAGGGGUCUGUUCCUCAGCAUCCAGUUGGAAUAAAAGCAGUUUGCCUCGCAAGACCUGCCUGCCCCCAUCGGCCUCUUCUUCCCCCGUCGGUCUCUGGGGAGAAAGGGCAGUGCCCCCCCCCCUCCCAGGCCAAAGAUGGCUGCCGCUCCAGUCAAGGGCCGAGAGUCUUGGGUCAGCUGCCAUUUGGACGAUUGAAAGGAGCCCCCCCCCCAUCAUGAUCCUGCUCUCAGCCUGCUGUCCUCACAGGGCCUGCAGACA